AUGGAACGUCGAAUCUUUAGGAGAUACUGUAAUUUGAGCAAAACGGUUUCACCAGAUAACAAUCAGUUGCUAUCUGAUUACGCAAAACGGUUUCACCAGAUAAAAACUCCACGAAAGCUAUUAUGGAAGAAAAAUCUUGGAACAGUCAAGGUUGGAAAAACAUAUUUAGUUAAUGGGUACUAUGAAAACAUAUCUUGCAUGCCUGAUGUCAACAAAAACAGUAUUGUGAAUGAACGCUUUGCAGAGUAUCAAAUGACUGAGGAGGAAGGUGAAAGCUCUGUGGCUUCAGUGGAGGAUCAACUUAAGAAAGAAAUGACAGUUUACGAGAAAUUCAUCAUCGGAAUGCUAACCAAUUUUGGGAGUAUGUCGCUGGACAGGAUACAUAACACUUUAAAGAUGUUCUGUAUUGCUGAGCCGUCAUACGACAAGUCACUGCAGCAGCUCCAAAGUUUUCUUUCUGGUCUAAUAGCGGAUGAAAAGCUAGAAACGAGGGAUGGGCUGUACUUGCUAAAGUGCCGUCGUGGAGAUGGGGCAGCACCGUCACAGCCUGGGGAUGUCGAGCUCCGGCCCGAGGGUGAGGAGAUCGGGCGCCAGCGUCGGGGCGACGGCUUCGCGGAGCGUGUCCACGGUGGAAAGGUCAAGGAGGCGGCGGCGGGAAGAUUUGGCAGCCUGCUGGCGUCGGUGAAAAGAUUUGCGCCUAGGACUUAG